AUGGUGAGCCCAGAGAGUGUUGGGACGGAGUGCACCUGGCCACCCUGGAACGAGGUGUCUUGUGCCGGAGUCUGCAGGGUUGGUGCUGGGACCGAACGCUCAGGAGUACGGAGUUCAGCACUUUUUGGUUCCUUGUGCCUUUCCGAGGACUUAGAGGACUCCUUGCGUGACUUCUUUUUGGCCGGCUCAGAGGAGACGGGCUCCGUCGGCUUGACCUUCUUGGCAGCCUUUUUAGUAUGCUUAGGCUUAUGGGAUGUAACGGAGGUCUCCAGGUCGGUCCCGACCUUGGAGGCGGAGCCAGAGAUCGAAGUCGAAGCCGUCAAGCCCUCGGUCCCCGACAGUUUGCAGGGGCUCUUUGAGGGCUUGGUGGUGCAGUACUUUCUCUUCCUUCCAGGCAGUGAUGGCCAGCUCAAUGAGUAUGAAGAAGAAACAUGCCAAGCAUCAGUGCCAAGAGACCCGUGCACACAGUUAAAUGAGAAAGGAAGGAAAACUGAUACUGAAGAGGAGUGGCGGACCACACAACCUUAUCAGAAAGGGAAAAGUUUUAUUCAGAAGACAAAUCUCACUCAUCAUAAAACAACUCACACAAGAGAGAAAUCAUUUAAAUGCCUGGAGUGUGGAAAAGGUUUUAUUUCUAAAACGCACUUCACUCGACAUCAGGCAACUCACAGUGGAGAAAAGUCAUUCAAAUGUUUCGAGUGUGGAAACGGUUUCACUCAGAAGACCGACCUCAUCUAUCAUCAAGUAACUCACACAGGAGAGAAGCCUUUUAAAUGCCAGGAGUGUGGAAAAGGUUUUACUCGAAAAACACACCUUAUGCGUCAUCAAGCAACUCACACAGGAGAGAAGCCAUUUAAAUGUCUGGAAUGUGGGAAAGCUUUUGUUCAUAAGACAAGCCUCACUGAACAUCAAGUAACUCACACAGAGGAAAAGCCAUUUAAAUGUCUGCAGUGUGGAAAAUGUUAUAAGCGAAAGAAAUGUCUCAGCUAUCAUCAAGCAACUCACACAAGAGAGAAACCAUUUAAAUGCCUGGAGUGUGGGAAAGGUUUUAUUCGAAAAACACACCUUAUGCGUCAUCAAGCAAUUCACACAGGA